GGUUCCAGAUUAGCGCUAACCAUGCGACCGCAGACGUUCAUUUCGCCGAGCCGAAAUCUGCUAGAAGCAAACCGAGUCUAUGUAUGCAGACUCGUAUGGGACUAUGCAUCUCACUCGCAAUUUUUUUCUGGUUCAAAUAGUCAAUGAACUAAGCAGACCAGACCCAGCUGCUAUCGCGUUGGUGUCAAUAGGAGAGCCACCAUGUUAUAUAAGCAGACUGGAACUGACUUUUUAUAAAAUAUUUUUUGUUAUCGUAAACGGCCUGAGUAAACGAUCUUCAUUUAUCCACCAUCUUUGUUUUUUUUUAACAACACAGAUUUUAGCCAACCUUUGGAGCAGCAGCAGUCACAAUCCCGCUGUUGCCUUUUCUCUGAUUGCGGUCAUUACCCUAAUUAUGGGAGUCGCCAGGGAAGGUUUGAAGAGGAAGAGAAACGCCUUGUCAUGAUGAAACCUUUGACUAACCGUCAGCAGGGUUAAUGUGUGUUUCAUCCAAACACAAACCCAGGUGUUAGUGCCACUGCCAAACGCAUGCCCAGGACUAAGAUACAGGUGUUAGUGCCACUGCCAAACGCAUGCCCAGGAGUAGAUACAGGUGUUAGUGACACUGCCAAACGCAUGCCCAGGAGUAGAUACAGGUGUUAGUGCCACUGCCAAACGCAUGCCCAGGAGUAGAUACAGGUGUUAGUGCCACUGCCAAACGCAUGCCCAGGAGUAGAUACAGGUGUUAGUGUAAACUCCAUGUCAAGUAGACACUCACCAACCAUGAGGCCUGACAAUAACAACAACAACAACAACAGUGUGCUGGAUGGAGACGGAGUGGAGGACGGGUCUGGACCAAUCAGCAGGCCCCGUCAGCCCCAGUGCCGCUCUCUCUCCUCCGGCCGGGCGCGUCACAGCCACCGCCGCAGCAGCAGAACAGACAAGCAGCCUCACACCUGUCCUCUCUGUUCCAAAACGUUCAUCUCCUCCUCUCACCUGGCCCUACACCUGCGCUCCCACAGCGGGGAGAGGAAGUAUAAGUGUGGCGUGUGUGGGAAGCUCUUCCUACAGUCAGCCCACCUGAUGCGCCAUAAGACCACCCACACAGGGGACAGGCCCUUUAAGUGUCCAGACUGUGGAAAGGGCUUCGGUCGCGCUUCUCACCUGAAGACACACCGACGCCUCCACACAGGGGAGAAGCCAUUCCAGUGCUCUGUCUGUGACAAAGCUUUCACCCAGAAGGCUGGGCUGAUCAUGCACCACCGCCUGCACACUGGAGAGAGGCCCUACAGGUGUGAUCACUGUGGUAAAGCAUUCCGCUCCUCCACACACCUGCUGGCCCAUCAGGCCCUGGAGUCAGCCAAACAGAGCUUCACCUGUGACAGGUGUGAUCAGAGUUUCAAGUCAGCCUCGUCCCUCAGACAGCAUGUUAAGACACACAGCAGCACCAUGGAGGACCUCUGCUGUGGGGUCUGCUGCCGGUCCUUCGUCCGCUCCUCCUACCUGCAGCUGUACAUGAGGCUCCACAGAGGACAGAGGCCCUACCACUGCAGGGUCUGCAAUAAGACUUUUGCUAAGAUGACCACCUUCCAGAGACACUGUGACAAACACCUGAGGAGGAAUGGGGACAUGGACCAGGGGCAGGAGGAGGAAGAGGAGGAGGAUGUCAAACCUACAUUUCCCCCACCCUCCAACCCUCCUUCUCCUGCCCUUCUACCUCCUCCUGUUCCUCCAUCCACCCUUCCUCUCUUGUCUGAGGUCAAUACACGCUCUAAAACUAGAGCCAAAAUUAGGAUAGAAUGACUGUUCUGGACUUGGAGUAUAACAAUGGAGAAAGAACAUAAGUGACAAACAUGUGCUAUUACUUGCAACAGUCAUAUUAUGUAUAUUUACUGAUAGGGUAUUACAAAUUACCUAAAGCUUUUAAUUACACAAACUGUACUGUAAUGUGGUUAAUGGUAUUGUUACAUUUUAAGCAUGCUUUUGUAUUUACUAAUGCACACUUAGACUUUCCCUGUGUGACUUCAACACUCUAAAAUGUGCUAUACAAUCCUGAUGCUUUUCAUACCAUGGUCCAUAUCGUACAGUGCCAUACUAUACCAUAACGUAAAGUUUGUAUGAUCAUAUCACUCUGUCCUUGGACCAAGUAUGAACUUUUUUAUAACAAUAAAUGUUGAUUGGACAGGUUACAGUA